CAAGGGGAUCCUUGAGCCUUGCCCUGCCGCAUUUUUUCUCUUUUGUGUCUGCAACAAACGUCAUGGGCCGGGUUUAGCUGAAGCAGGUUGGUAAUGGUCAAAUAGACAGGUUGUUGGGAAUUCCAUGUACUUGUACGUUUUCUGUCUUCCGCCUUGCCUUGCUUUGUCCCCGUUUCCCGGACUAGUCAAACCAAGCAAUCAUGACAUGACGACGGCUGACCGCAACGCAGCGUGGUCGAUCAAUGAUGUAUAUGCCGAAGAUGUCAAUUUCUCUCCCCUGAUCCGUCGCCGAGGUAUCUAUCUCUUGCCAUGUCAUCCCGCCCAGAGCAAACGCCGUCCCGAGAUAUCCCGUUUCUGCUGCUAUCCCAUCACCAGCGCCAGAGAAAACCGCCCCUGGUAAAUAAAUCCGGGGGGGGCAGGGGGGGCAAGAAAGCCCCAUAAAAUACAAUACCAUCCUCU